AAUUUAAUUUGUAUUUUAAAGCUGGACGAAGAUGUUAUAUUCAAUAACUAACAUCUUCCUGUCCUUUCUGUGGAUCCUGCCAAUAUCAAUGGUAGUAGCACAACAAUCUCCCGAAGGUGCCUUGACCUUUGGCAAGAACUAUGCUAUCCUCAACUUGGACUGGAUGGCAGUCCUGAUCGAUGCAGUCAAGAACACUACCGAGGGACAAUCAUUUAUCUCGAACUGUUCUCGCUGGAAUGAUGCGGUUCACGAGAAGGAUCCACGACCCCUCACCAUCUUUACGAGUCUGUCCUUCCACCACGGACAGCCCGAGCUUGCAAAAGGCGCUCCGUUCACCAAGCUCCUCCAAGGCUUCGGUUCCUUGACCACUGGCUCCCCUGGAGUGCAGAUAGCUUCCAAUUUUACCGUCGAUGAGAAAGAUAUUGUCCUGCAGAAGACAAGAUUUUACGCCGGUGCAGGUAAUGCUCUGGAGCAAAUCUUAAAGGCACAGAACAUCGACACUGUUAUUCUAUCCGGUUUGAGCAUAUCCGGCGUCAUAUUGAGUACAAUUUAUCGAUUGUACGAUUUAGAUUAUAAUAUUUAUGUCAUCUCGGACAACGUGUUGCAGUCGCCGAUGACUCCAGAGCUUUCGAAAUUCACGCUUGAGGCUCUUUUGCCAAUCAUGAAGUUGAAAACAAUCUCCAUAGAGGAGGCCUUGCAGGCUCUGAAACGAUCUUAGAUAGUCCGUCAGUCAAAGCGGUCCUUUUAAAGAGAAUUUUUUUGGAAGACGCUGACAAAAUGACAAAAGAAAUGUUUCUAUCUCCAGGAGUUCCCUGAGAUUGGUUGAACUGUUAUACUCGAGAUAGAUGAAAUUAAGACUUCUUGAUGCACAUUAAUAGUUAUAACAAGUAGAUCAACCAC